GAAUUUUUCCAGCUAUUCAAUUCUUUGAAAAAAGUUGCAGGGUCAUUUGUUUGUUGAGAAAAUGAGGAUUUUCAUAGCCUUUGAGGGAUCAUUUGAACCAUUUGAUGUUUCAGCAGACGAAACUGUAGAAGCUGUCAAGCUGAUGAUAAAGGAUUAUUUCCACAUUCCUCUCUCUGAGGAUGAACAAGGCAGGGGGUAUCUGGAGCUGAUGUGUGCUGGAGCAGCUUUAAAGGACACCUGGAGACUUGCCGAUGUUGGAAUAUCGUUUUGUUCAACUCUCAAAUGCUUUGUUAAGGAAGAAGAUAAGCCAACUCUCUAUGUGUUCAAUGCUGUGACCCAAGAGACAAUGCCGAUGAUGGAGAACAUUUCCCUUCUUGGUAAAAAAGUGUCUGAUCUGAGAACACUGGUAGCUCUGAGAUGUGGCUUUCCCGUGAGUGUCUUCUGUCUCCGGACCCCAAAUGGAAUGGAGAUGUAUGACUGCAACACCCUCAGGGACUACCAAACAGACAUCGGCACAACACUUCGUUUGGACGUGUGGGAUGGAUGGAAGGAAUUUCUGAUGGGUUGUCUUCUGGGACAAAAACUUAAAGUCCAACGCUAUUUAUCAGAUGAAGGACCCGUACUCAAGUAUCAGAAAAAGGUAGCCCUGUUCAUCGCCGCCUUUUACGGGUACAUUGAGCUCACUGAAUGGGCCAUGCAGCAGGGUGUGCGGCCUGAUGAGGCUGUCGGUGCUCACCCCUAUCGAGCGUGGUGCCAUGAAGCCCUUCAUGCAGAUGUCUCUAAAUGCCCCAUUCAUGCAGCCGCAGAAGCAGGCCAACUGUUGAUUCUGAAGGCCUUUGUCAACUGCAGCGUGCUGUGCCUGGAAUGUAAAAAUGCAGCCGGACAGAUCCCCCUGACCAUUGCAUUUAAACACAAGCAUAAAGACUGUGUAUUAUAUUUAUUGAGUAAAAUGUGGUCCACGGUUUCUUUUCCGAACAAAAUUUCAGUCCCCAUGAGGAUUUACAUUAAAAUAAAACAAUGGGUCCUCAAAGCUCAGAGUCACAACCUUAAUAAAAAUCAGCUUUGCGGCGCAAAGGUCCCAGGGGCAAAAGUCGGAGACACUGUGAUGGUGGAUGGUUUCACCACACCACAAAUGACCUCCAAGAGCUGGCAUAAGGCUCGGUCCAAGGACUCACAAAGCACUGCGGGCAAGCUACCGCCUCUCAGGGAAGAAACUGCAAGCAAGAAACCUGUCAAUCCUUUGGCAGUUUCACAGCACGACACGAGACGACAAACCUUGAAAUUACCUCCACUGGUAGAUGCAAAUACAUUCUCUGAAUUACAAAGACAUCAACAACAAAAUCAGAAAAAAAUUACUACCACAGCUAAGAAAAAAGAAAAGCUCAUAAAAAAUAUAUACCUCCCCCAAGUCCCCCUGCCUCCAGUUUCAAGGGUGGGCUAUUCACACCCAUCUUUUUACUAUGCAACACCCAGUGCUGACUUUUUACUCAAAUCGUCCUUUGCGUGCUUCUCAGAGCACAGUGGUAAGACUCCAAGGGAGAACGCCAUCUACUGCUUAGCUGUGGCCAGUGCCUUUAAAGAGAAGCGAUGGCUUCAGCAGUUAGGAAUAGCAAGAGUUCUAGCCAAAAAGAGCAUUUCUAACCUGACCACACAAGAACGCAUGACAGCAUGUGAAAUUGUGCUUUGAAGAGUCAUGACAACCUCAAUUUGGGCAAAGACCUGGUCACCAGAACCUUCAGCUCUAAUGUUAACAUUUCAAGUAAUUAAUGCUAUAAUUUCUCCUAACAGUUCUAAUGCUACACAACGAUCAACAGAAUAUUUAAUAUCUAACAUCAGGUUUUCUCAAACGCCAUCACUGGCAGUGAACAUUUCAGGCAUGUGUUUUGUAUGGUUUGAGAACAAAUCAUAAGAAAGGGAGAGUAGUAGUCACCUACAGAGUAGGAACACUGGAGGGUGGGAACCAAGAAUGAGGGUGAGAACUUUCACAGUUUCUUUCUCUCUUUUUUUU